GAGAGGCGCUCUGUACUUAAUACUGCGCAGAUGCUCCGUAUCAGUUGAAGCUCAAGCUCUAACAACGCGUUGCCACUGCGUCAUGAUGAAAUUUCUUGCGUGCCUCGUUUUAGCUCUCUACGCUACAGGGAGUGGCGCCGCUGGGUUGCCGAAAAAAAUACAGUUUGGGACAUACGUAUUGUAUGACACGAGCGUCAGGAGGAGAAGUACGACUGGCAUAGGAGUGUACACCAAACUUCUCUUCAAUGCGAUAAAUGCGAGAUUACCAUUCAACGUCACCGGAACGCAGAUUGAACUGGUAUUGAUCGGGAUGAAAGAAGUUUCGGAUAACGCCAUCGUUUUAGACCCUAACGGAUACCCCCCCUUAUCUGUCACUGCAGGAUCCCUGUUCUCGUAUGUGAGUCAACAGGACAGAACAGGAGGGAGAGAUAACACCAUGAAAAAUGCUGAUAUUGUUCUCUACUUCAGCGGGACAAUGUCCAGGGCAGCCCGUUUCAACGGAAAGUAUUACAAUGCUUGGAGCCCGGGUGGCACAAUUUGCACACGCAACAAUGGAGUCACGGUUGGCUUGUAUAAUCCGGACUUUGACAAGAUGGAAAGUAUCAUGUUCGGCAUCCUAAGACUCCUGGGAAGUGAUGAGACUGGCGGGGUAGCAGCAAAUCUGAACACCAAAUCCAGGAGAUGUUUGAACAAGAAACCGCGUGGUGUGUACAGCAACGUGACCAAGCUUCCAGGAGAAGACCUCGACGGAACCGUGUAUUGCAAAGAGUUUGCAAGCGACAGCGAUGCCUUCUCAUUAUGCGAGACUCUUAACGACGGGUGUACCCUAAGUUGUUGUUGGAACAACAACGUGCAAGAAUUCCGAAGAACUUCAGCGCCAGAUGGCUUCGGAUGCGGGAAGAGAAAUAGCAAGAUAUGCUUCAUGGACAAGUGUGUACCACGCAGAUCUCUCGGGACGAUUGGCUACAAGUAUCCCAAAAAGACAUAAUUCUUACGCUACACCAGUCAAUAAAGAUGGUUUCCACCCGCAA